AUGAUGAAAGUAAGGGCACGACGGCUUUGGACGAAGGAGGAGGAUGCUCUCCUGCGGAAAGCCGUCAAUGAAAGCAUGGCUAGAGGUGGUGAUAUCAACUGGCAUCGCAUAGCCUCGAACAUCCCAGAUCGAAACAACAAGGACUGCCGGAAACGAUGGGUCUAUAUUCUAGCUCCUUCCUUGAACAAAGGAGCGUGGAACAAAACGGAAGACGAAAAGUUAUUGCAAGGCAUCCAGAAACACGGUUUCCGGUAA